AUGUUGGGCGCACGCACUGCCACCGAAAGUGCUUGGUAUCUGGCCUCAGUCGGUUUCGUGCUGGCCUCCUGCUAUACUGUUGUACUGGCCAUCUAUCGCCUGAAUUUACACCCUUUGGCAAAGUUUCCCGGGCCCAGGCUCCGCGCAAUUAGCUCGUUGCCAUCGAUUUACUCGCUGUUGCGCGGUCGAUUGGGGUUCGAUAAUAAGAAACUGCACGACAAGUAUGGGCCCGUGGUACGAGUCUCGCCGAACGAGCUGUCGUUCAACUCAGCCCAGUCCUGGGAAGACAUCUACGGAUUCAAGACUGGUGGACGCAAGAACAUGCACAAGGAUCCAAUCCAUGUCGGUUCAGUCGACCCUUUGCCAGGGGCCUCGACGCUGACGAUGGCGGACGACACCAACCACGCCCGACAGCGACGGGCGCUCUCGCAUUCUUUCUCGGAGCGUGCAUUGAGGGAUCAAGAGUAUAUAAUCCAGCAUUAUGUCGACAUCCUGAUCACCAAAUUGAAGAGCAAGGCCGACCAGGCGGAAGAAUUCAACCUGGUCAACUGGUUGAACUUCACCACCUUCGACAUCAUCGGCGACCUGGCCUUUGGAGAGCCCUUUGGCUGUCUGGACUUGGGUGCAUUCCACUCCUGGGUAGCCCUGAUCUUCGAGACAGUGAAAGUCGGUGCCCUGGAGCAGGCCACGCGGCGCUUUGCUGAGGCAGGCUCGUGGACGCAGUCUCUCCUGCUGCAUAUGAUCCCAGAAUAUCUGAGGAAAAGACGCCGCGAUCACUUGUCGCUCAGCAAGGAGAAGGUCGAGCAACGUCUACGGAAUGGAGGAACUGACCAUACGGACUUCAUCUACUAUAUCCUGCGACAGCGGGAGAAGUACGACCUGCACGACAACGAGAUCAUCCUCAACAGUGCUCUGUUCAUUGUUGCUGGCAGCGAGACCACGGCGAACCUGCUUUCAGGCCUGUUUGCACGGCUUCUUCGAAAUACAGACAAGAUGCAAAAGCUCUACGCCGAGGUGCGUUCCACGUUCCAGAGCGAAGACCAGAUCAACUACGACAGUACCAGCCAGCUGCCCUACAUCAACGCAUGCCUAGAAGAGGGACUGCGCAUCCAUCCUCCAGUCCCAGUUGGACUGUUGCGAACUGUGCCCAAAGCUGGCGAUACGAUCGAUGGCCACUGGGUUCCCGGCGGGACGUCUGUCUCGACAGGUGGAUGGGCUGCAUCGCACAAUCCAGCCAACUUCUGGGACUGCGAUACCUUUAUACCCGAGCGCUGGCUAGAUGGCGCAGGUGGAGCCUUUGCGACCGAUAUAAAGAGCGGAAUGCAGCCCUUCUCGCUGGGCCCUCGGGGCUGUAUCGGCAAGAAUCUCUCCUACAUGGAAAUGCGCGUCAUUCUUGCUCGGCUGGUAUGGAACUUUGACGUCGUCAGUACAGACGGGGUUUGGCAGUGGAGUCCUGAGGGCGAAAUGAAGCACAUGAAGGCGUAUACGACGUGGCAGAAGCCUGAUCUCAACGUACGAGUGACAAGGGCGCAGCAGGGUGAGGGUGGACGGACUUCUAGCUCGUAUGCAGCAAAGACCCAGGCGGAGAGGUUACGACAGAAGUCAUAA